AUGUACAGCAAUCAGCCUCAGCAACCUUCUCAUUCUCACCCCCUUCCACCACCACCUCAUUCUCAUUUUGAUAACAGAGACUCUCAGCAAGAACUAAAUCAUCAGUCAAAAAAUGAAAUAUACAACCCACAGCAACAGCAUCCGCCAACCGACCCUAGUCUUAUAAACAAUACUAUGAUCUACAAGUCGGAACCUCACUGGGCUCCUCCACAUUCUAAUGGUCCUCCUCCUGAACACCGUAUAACAGAAAUAGGAACCACUAGUAGCUCUUAUACUCAAAUUCCUCAAGCAAUAUCUCAACAGUAUACCAUGGGUCCACCUCCUCAUGCAACUACUACCAUCUCGCUUGAGGAAAAAAAUCAAUAUAUCGCUACCUCAUCUCCAGCAUCAAUAAGCGCUCUAAAUAGUACAAUAUCUAAUCCAGAACCAUCUCCACAAGAAUAUCAUCUUAAGGUUUCUACUUUAGACGAUGCAGGAAGAUCUUUUGAGCGUGAGCAUGGUGCACAAAUUAUUAUUCCUUCGGGAUCACCUCUCACAAAACCUAAAUCCCCCCAAGAGCGGCAGCAACAACAACCCCCUAAUUUUAUAGGUAAUCCAUCUACAACUCCUCAAGGAUCUAGACCGCAAUCUUCUUCAGGACCCUCAAAUGUUUCCGACCCAAAUAACGUUCCUAUGAUUCCUUUUCCUAAUCAACAAAUGGGAAUGACUCCAAUUUCCUCAACAACACUACCCCCCAUUUUACCUCCACCACUGCUACCAACGUCUCCAAAUGUAAUCAAUGAAGAAGAAGUACUUCAACAAAAUCCAGAUAUUUCUCCUUCUGCCCUAUCUUUAAAAAAUCCACCUCCUGGUAUUAAGCCUCGUAUUACCACCACUUUAUGGGAAGAUGAAGGCACACUUUGUUUUCAGGUUGACGUCAAGGGGGUAUGUGUUGCUAGACGUGAAGACAACAAUAUGAUUAAUGGGACUAAACUUUUAAACGUUUCUGGAAUGUCUCGUGGUCGACGAGAUGGGAUUUUAAAAGCAGAGAAAUAUAGGCACGUUGUGAAAGUAGGUGCAAUGCAUUUUAAAGGUGUUUGGAUACCAUAUGAGCGGGCAGUCAAGUUUGCAUGCAAAGAAAAAAUCAUUGACAAACUAUACCCAUUAUUUGUUACAGAUAUCAAAACGCUUCUUUACCUGCCCAACAAUUAUGCACGUACUGCCCUGAUAAUGUCAGCAGCUGCUAGAAAGAAAGAAGAAAACCAACAGCGACAAAGAGAACGAGAAGAGCAAAUGAGGAAAAGACAACUUGAAGAUGACAUGAAAAAGCAUGGACAACAGCAGCAACCACCUCCUCUUCAUCAAUUUCAGCCAGGUCCUAUUAAUACACAUCAAUCGCCAACAAACCAAAUCAAAGCAAUUGUUCCUUCAGAAGGAGCUUAUGUUCCCAUUUCUGGCCCACAGUACUAUUCAUCUCCUUAUGGUACUGGCACUCCAACAGUCAUCACACCAAUUUCUGGGACCCCUAGUGAGCAUUACCGAGGAGUGACACAGCCAGGAUAUAUAGUUGCUACUCCAGCUGGUGCUAGCGCUGUGAAAACAAUGAUGCCAUCUCCGCAGCAGCAACCAGUUCAUGCAGCCAGCCCUGGUUCUAUGUCACAACCUUCUCAGCAGCCCCUGCAUGCCAUUUCACACCAUGGAAUGGGAUACUCCAAUUAUUACUACCAGGGUAGCCCGACGUCAGCAGUUGCUCCAUCGCAGUUUGGGCAACCAAUGGUGGGCGGUCAUCAGUCUCCAUAUGCAAACAGUAACGGGCCUCCACAGCACAUAGCGGGGUAUUCGGGGCAGCAACAACAGAAUCAUUAUCAGCAUCAUCAGCAUCAUCAGCAACACCAUCAUCAACAACAACCUCAACAACCUCAACAACCUCAACAACCUCAACAACCUCAACAACAUCAACAACAUCAACAACAUCAACAACAACAUCAACAACAACAUCAACAACAACAUCAACAACAACAUCAACAACAACAUCAACAACAACAACAGCAGCAGCAGCAGCCACCACAACAAAUGAGUCCUAUUUCAGCCGCCACAGAUCCUUCGCACUCAAGAUCACCGACUCUUGCGCCGCCUCAUGGGAUUGUUUCCGGAGCAACGACAACUACAACAGCAGCUGGAGGAACACCAGUUUAUCAAAUGCAAUAUUUCCAAGAAACUGCUCAUUCUCCAUCAACAAGUUUUAUGUCCGCGGUGCCAGCUCAAAUUGCUACUUCUGCAGUGACUAUGCCUGCAACGGUAGGCAUUACAGGGACGGCAGGUAUGCCCACCACUUCGGCACCUCCUCCUACUGGUAUGUCUGCUGUACUUCCUCCAGUGAGUCUUGUGAAUACUGUUUCGAUGGGGGCAACAACCUCGGGGUUUAUUCCCACUGCUACACACUCGCAGUAUCCGUCGUCAACAACAUAUUAG